AUGGCUCCGCUAAAGGUGCACGGACCUGUCCGGAUGCGCAGCAUGCAGACUGGGAUUACAAAAUGGAAAGAAGGGAGCUUUGAAAUUGUGGAGAAGGACAACAAAGUGAGCCUAGUGGUUCACUACAACGUUGGAGGAAUUCCAAAGACAUUUCAGCUAAGCCAUAACAUUAAAACUGUGACCUUACGACCAAAUGGUAGAAAACUGUGCUGCCUGAUGCUAACACUAAAGGAUACCAGCUUCCUGACAAUUGAUAAGGUACCAUUUAAAGAUGCAAAUGAAAUGCGGAUGUAUUUGGAUGCAGUCCACCAAGACAGGGUUCAUACUGCUGGGAAACCCUCUCAGGGAUCUGGCAGCUUUGGAGGUGUGCUGGGCAGCAGGACCACACAGAAGGAAGCUAAUAGGCAAUUCUCUUAUAUAGAGAACCAGACUCCUCCCAAAAGAGUGACCAUGGAAAGUAAGGAGGAAACUCCAUUUCGCAAGGUUCUGGGUACCCCAGCAAGGGCGUCUGUUAAGAGUUCUGCUGGAACUGGAACACCAAGCAACAGGGUGAAUGUUUCGGCAUCUCCUGCCUCAUCAGUCCCUCACAGAACGGGCUUGUUGGAGAAUCGUGAAAAGAGGAAAAGAACACAACCUCCUGGUUCAGAAAUGAGUGAAGAUUAUCCCAAAGAGAAUGAUUCUUCAACGAAUAACAAAGCUUUGAGUGAUCCAGCGUGGAAGUUCUUGAAUAGUAGCAGAGAGAAACAGUUGAAUUUGAAGCAGGCGGAGGAAAAUAGGACAUCAGGCAUUUUACCGCUGCAGUCAUCAUCCUUUUAUGGUAGUCGGUCCUCAUCAAAAGAGUACUCCACUGGCGGUUCCACCCUGGAGAGGUCUAGUGUAUCCAGCCAGACCCCUUCAGCCAAAAGAAGCCUGGGUUUUCUUUCUCAGCCUGCCCCCCUUUCCGUUAAAAAAAUGAGAUCUAAUCAAGAUUACACAGGGUGGAACAAACCCCGGGUGCCCCUUUCCACCCAUCCUCAACAACAAUUACAAGGAUUUUCAAACUUGGGAAACACUUGCUAUAUGAAUGCCAUUCUACAGUCCUUGUUUUCAAUUCAGUCUUUUGCUAAUGAUUUGCUCAAGCAGGGCAUCCCAUGGAAAAAAAUUCCACUCAAUGCGCUGAUCAGACGUUUUGCCCAUCUGCUUGCUAAAAAGGACGUCUGCAGCCCUGAGGUUAAGAAAGAGCUGCUCAAGAAGGUGAAAAGUGCCAUUUCAGCUACUGCCGAGAGAUUUUCUGGGUACAUGCAGAAUGAUGCACAUGAGUUCUUGAGCCAGUGUCUGGAUCAGCUGAAGGAAGACAUGGAAAAGUUAAACAAAACUUGGAAGAGUGAGCCAGUCACCAAUGAGGAUAACUCACCUGGACGGGCUUCUGAUGACGUCUCAGCCACCAAAGUCUAUACAUGUCCAGUUAUCAGUAACUUAGAGUUUGAGGUUCAGCAUUCUAUCAUUUGCAAAACGUGUGGUGAAACAGUCACCAAACGAGAACAGUUUAAUGACCUCUCCAUUGACCUUCCUCGAAGAAAGAAAUUGCUUCCUUCUCGAUCGAUCCAGGAUUCCCUUGACCUCUUUUUUCGGGCAGAGGAGAUUGAAUAUUCCUGUGAGAAGUGCAAUGGAAAGUCUGCUGUUGUCACACACAAGUUCAACAGGCUUCCCAGGGUCCUGAUUCUUCAUCUGAAACGAUACAGCUUCAAUGUAGCAUUGUCUCUCAAUCAUAAAGUUGGGCAGCAGGUGGUUAUUCCAAGAUACUUGACCCUGCUUUCACACUGUAUGGACAGCACAAGGCUGCCGCUGACACUGGGAUGGAAUGUCCAUUCUGCAAUUUCCCGUCCAUUGAAAGCCUCCCAAAUGGUGAACUCCUGUACUAUAAGCACUUCCACACCUUGUAGAAAAUACACUUUCACGUCAAAGAGCUCCGCAGCACUCUGUGUAGACUCUGACAGUGAUGAUGAGCCACUGAAGCGCUCUGUUGCCCAUAGCCAAAGGUUGUGUAACAUACAGAGUAGAGAUCAGCAACAACUGCAAGAAGAGCCGGAAAAGGGUUCAAAAAGAAGUAAAAUGGAAGGUGAUAAACCUGAUCUGGGUAACGCUGGUUUUGAUGGGAUGAGCGAAGAUGAGCUGCUAGCAGCUGUCUUAGAGAUUAGCAAAAGGGAAGCUUCUCUGUCUCUGAGCCAUGAUGAAGAUAAGCCCACAAGCAGCCUAGACACUGGUUUUGGAGACGACGAAAUUCAGGAAUUGCCGGAAAACCUGGAAUCUAUGGAGAUGGAGAAACCCAAAGCAGCAUUAGACUCGGGUCCUGCCAACUUCACCGAAAUAACUAAAGAUUUUGAUGAGAAUAAGGAAAACAAAACUCCAGAAGGCUCCCAGGGGGAGGUUGACUGGCUGCAGCAGUACGAUAUGGAGAGAGAGAGGGAAGAACAGGAACUUCAGCAGGCGCUGGCUCAAAGCCUUCAAGAGCAAGAGGCACGAGAGCAGAAAGAGGAUGAUGACCUUAAACGAGCCACGGAAUUAAGUCUACAAGAGUUUAACAGCUCUCUCCUGGACAGCGUUGGCUCUGAUGAAGACUCUGGGAAUGAGGACAUUCUUGACAUGGAGUAUUCAGAAGCUGAAGCAGAAGAGCUGAAAAGAAAUGCUGAGACAGGAGAGCUUCCUCACUCCUACCGUCUCAUCAGCAUCGUCAGCCAUAUUGGAAGCACAUCAUCCUCAGGUCAUUAUAUCAGUGAUGUCUAUGAUAUCAAGAAGCAGUCCUGGUUCACCUACAACGACCUGGAAGUGUCCAGAACUCUGGAGGCCACCGUUCAGUGUGACAGAGACCGAAGUGGCUACAUCUUCUUCUAUAUGCACAAGGAUAUCUUCGAUGAGUUACUAGAAACGGAAAAAAAUGCACAGCCACUUAGCAUGGAAGUAGGAAGAUCGGUUCGUCAGCCUCUGUGAAGAGUAAAACACCUUGUUCCUCCUGAGGAACGAGGGGAAUUCUGAACUUGUGCCAGGCACGCAGGAGUAACAAACAGCUCAGGGCCAAAUCAAGAGACAAAAGGUAGAAAU